CUUCUAACAUGCUCAUACUUUGAUAGUUAUCGAGAUCUCAGACUCAAGAGCCCUGUCAUCUCUCUACUGGUCAUUGUACAACAAAAAUAUCGUUGACCUUCCGUUGAUUAUGCCAGGUUGGAGAGCGUGUUCUUUAGGUGGAUCAAUUUUGCUUCGAGAAAAAACAGUGAACUCCAAGUCAAUAUUCAAUUCACUGAUUAAUCUACGCGAAGUUGCUCCAGCUAUUUCAAGACGCGACUUUUCGCCCUGUUUACAGAUUACUUCGGUCUUCCACAACUCCAGACCAAACCUCAAGAGAUCGCAAGCACUAUGUCUGUAACCAACUUCCCCCCCGUUCGUGCCCCUGGUAAGAGGCAGCAAGCCUUUUAUAUUCUUGCAGGUCAGGCUCUGGCAGACGAAUCCAAAUGGAAGAGUUUUGAUUUCUCAGAAGCUUUCACGGCGAGAUACGGCAGGCCGGUGGUCUAUUGGAGUCACUGGAAUAGGUUAAUGUCCACACCAUACAGGACCGAGCUUGUACCGCGAUUCAGAGGCACCUUCAAUGAGGUUUUAGACAACAUGAAUUUCCUCUCGUUCUGCCAGGCCGUCGAUCAGAAGGCUGUCCACAUGAAGGGGAGGGUUCUCGGGAGAUUGGAGAUGGAAGGUCUCUAUGCACAGUUUCUUAUUAAGAAAUUUGAUGAGGUGGGGAGUGCAACAUACCGCAUGAGGGUAAUUUUGAAAAAGUCAAUGGAGAAGGUGAGCUGAAACGAUUUGAACCAAGUUCCUCUAGUGACUUGAUUGCUAACAUGAGUAUAGCGCCUGAGUGACCGUGCUGAGAUGUAUUGGUCU